AUGGAUGAAACGCACAACAACAGAAUUUCCUUGGCUAAAGGUGCCAAGGACAUCGCCAAAGUAGCCAAGAGGCAAGCUGCCAAAAAUGUAGGCAAAGCCGUUGAUCGUGCCUCGGAUGAAUACUCAAGUCAUCGCAGCUAUAACCGUUUCCAGAAUGAGGACGAAGAAGAGAGCAACCACAAUGCUUACGGUCAGCAAGACGGUCGCUACGCUGACAACGCGGACAACGACGAGGCCGAGGCCUCCAGUGACGACACGGAGGGCCACGACGACGAAGACGAGAUCUACGAGGGGGAGUACCAAGGCGUUCCGGCUAACAAUGACGGGAAGCUGCGAGAAGGUCAAGUGGCUCUGGGCCAGCCCGUUUCUGACAGCCAAAAGAGCAACAAGGAGCUGGAGAACGAGAGGCAGACGGACGAGGAGGAGCUCGCCCAGCAGUACGAGCUGAUCAUGCAGGAGUGCGGCCACGGGAGAUUCCAGUGGCAGCUGUUCUUCGUACUCGGGCUGGCGCUCAUGUCAGACGGCGUGGAGGUGUUCGUGGUCGGCUUCGUCCUACCCAGUGCUGAGACAGACAUGUGUGUGCCCAACUCUGGCGCCGGAUGGCUUGGUAGCGUUGUGUAUCUGGGGAUGAUGUUUGGAGCCUUCUUUUGGGGCGGCCUGUCGGACAAGGUGGGCCGUAAACAGUGCCUGCUGAUAUCCCUGUCUGUCAACGGCUUCUUCGCCUUCCUCUCCUCCUUCGUCCAAGGCUACAGCAUGUUCCUCGUCUGCCGCAUGGUGUCCGGCUUCGGGAUUGGCGGAGCGGUACCUAUCGUAUUCUCGUACUUUGCGGAGGUGUUGGCUCGGGAGAAGAGAGGAGAGCAUCUGAGCUGGCUGUGCAUGUUCUGGAUGAUCGGAGGAAUUUAUGCCUCAGCCAUGGCCUGGGCGAUCAUCCCACACUAUGGCUGGAGCUUCAGCAUGGGUUCAGCCUACCAGUUCCACAGCUGGAGAGUGUUUGUGGUGGUGUGUGCGCUGCCGUGCGUCUCUGCAGUGGUCGCUCUCACUUUUAUGCCUGAGAGCCCCCGCUUCUUCCUGGAGAUGGGUAAACACGACGAGGCCUGGAUGGUGCUCAAACACAUCCAUGACACCAACAUGCGUGCCCGCGGAGAGCCUGAGAGAGUCUUCACUGUGAACCGGAUAAAAAUCCCCAAACACCCGGGCGAGCUGGUGGAGAUGCAGGAUGAGUCAGCCAACCCUGCACUCAAGGUCCUCUUCAAGAUCAAGGCUGAGCUCAGAGGAAUCUGGUUGACUUUUAUGAGAUGCUUCGACUACCCAGUGAAAGACAACACUAUAAAACUGGCUGUAGUCUGGUUUACUCUGUCUUUUGGGUACUACGGGCUCUCUGUGUGGUUCCCGGAUGUCAUCAAGCACCUUCAGGCUGACGAGUACGCCUCCAGGGUGAAAAUCCACAACAACGAACGCAUCGAAGACUUCACCUUUAACUUCACCCUGGAGAACCAGAUCCACAGAAACGGGAUGUUUGUGAACGACAGGUUCAUCAGUAUGAAGUUCAAGGCGGUCACGUUCAUCGACUCAUCCUUCCUCAACUGCUAUUUCGAAGACGUUUCCUCCGUCGGGUCCUUCUUCAAAAACUGCACCUUUGAAGACUCUUUCUUUUACAACACGGAUAUUGACGACACCAAACUUACAAAUUCAAGGGUGAUCAAGAGCUCCUUUCACAACAACAAGACCGGCUGUCAGAUGACGUUCGACGAUGAUUACAGCGCCUACUGGGUCUAUUUUGUCAACUUCCUGGGAACGUUGGCUGUGCUGCCCGGAAACAUCGUCUCUGCCCUCCUCAUGGACAAAAUAGGACGUCUUAGCAUGUUAGGAGGCUCCAUGGUGCUGUCAGGCAUCAGCUGCUUCUUCCUUUGGUUCGGCACCAGCGAGUCGAUGAUGAUCUUCAUGCUCUGCCUCUACAACGGCCUCAGUAUCUCUGCCUGGAACUCCCUGGAUGUGGUCACCGCUGAGCUGUACCCAACAGACAGGAGGGGUACAGGCUUCGGCUUCUGUAACGCCAUGUGUAAACUGGCAGCGGUGAUGGGCAACCUGAUCUUUGGCUCACUGGUUGGCAUCACCAAGGCCAUCCCCAUCCUCAUGGCAUCGUCUGUGUUGGUUGGCGGCGGGCUGGUGGGGCUCCGACUGCCAGACACACGCGCCAAUGUCCUCAUGUAAACCUCAACACAGAACAGUGUUUUGUUUGCCAGGUAUUUACUCAGUUUACAGAAUAAACCACAUUGAUUUAUUUGAACGUCACUGAAACGAGCAUCGCUGCCGUUGUUCUUGUGUUUAUUAUUUGAUCAAUAAUGUCGACGAUGUUCUCAAACAGAACAAGUUAUUCCGUUAUGUCUGAGUGAAAUACCUGGUAAAUAAUAAAGGAUAGAGAAAUGCAGUUUGACUGAACAAUGAGCUGUAGAUGUAAAGAGUUUGAAGUAUACAAUCGAAGGUUUACGACGGCUGUCUCUGCAAGAGUUCAAAGGCUACUGUUCAGAAACAAGUAAGGACGAUCAGUAGGUAUUAAACUCUGUAUAUCAGCAGCUCAUUGGCUGUUUCACACAUGCGACACACACAUGUGUGUCAAAACUGCAAAAGGCUUGGACUUCCCACAACCUACCCCCUUCCAAAUCUUGCUCAGAUUAAAGGGAUAGUUUGACAUUUUGGGAACUGCGCUUAUUCAAAGCUAACGCUAGCAGCUGUUUGGCUGAGCUUAAAGACUGGAAGAAUGGGGAAACAGCUAGCAUGGCUCUGCCCAAGGGUACACAACACCUCUAAAGCUCACUAGCAAACACGUUUAACAGGUUUAUUUAAACCUUUACUAAAAAAGAAGCGUAAAAACAACAAGUUGUCGUUUUAUGCAGUGCCAGAUUUCUUGGUCAGGCGCAGUAACUUUGACGCUUUUGUACAGAUUAAACAAACGAAAUGUUUCGAGGUAAUUCAUGAGAUUGUGUUAUUUUAAACAGAGCAAGUCUAGAUGUGUCCCUCCGUUUCCAGUCUUCGUGCUACGCUAAGCUAACUGGCUGCUAGCAGUAGCUUCAUAUUUAUGUUACCGUACAAACCUUAAUAGUGCUUUUCGAUCUUCGCAUCUAAGUCUCAGCAAGAAUCCUAAUAAGUGUGUAAAGUUCAACAAAAUGCAAAACUAUUCCUUUAAGUAGAAAUCACUUUGUAACAGACGUUUAUGUGAUUAGUUGUUUAUAUGUAUAUCUAUAUAUUUAGCCAUUUAUGUAUGUUAUUUAUUGCUUUCCACGUCCGUUUCUACACCAUUGGUAUUCCACGAAUGAUUGAUGACGUUCAAGCCUUUUGCUGCGAUUUGCAAGAAUAACAAAGGCCAUAAGAAAAUGAAUAAAUCGAUGAGUCAGUAGUUUAGUCAAAACCGGCAACUUCAGCAGCUACAUUUCUAAUAUGAAAAGAAGUUUACAUUUUCUGCUUUUUACAGUCUGAGACUUUUGAGAUUGGAACCCUUUUGUCUGAAUGCUUCCUCUCUCCCUCUUUCGUGUCUGUGUCGUGUUCGUCUCGUGGCGCCGCGAAGGGCUUUGCUCUCCGUUGUAAUCCGGUCUGACAAAAUGAAUAUAUGCUGUUAUAAUCUGCUCUUCUCCUUGUUUUUGUUUCUUGGUUUCCUCCGUACUGUAUCUCAUCCUGUCUUGUCCUGUUGCUCUGUUUAUCUCCUCCUGCCUUGCUGCUGCUCCCUCCAAAACUCAAAGGCCUUUCUCAAAUGUCGUGCCUCUCUCUCCAUUGAGCCCGUCUCGCCUUCCAAACCUUUUGCUGGAAGCUUUGCUGCUGUGCCCUGCUUUUUAUCGGCUUCUCAUCUCUUGAUACUGUGCGUGCGUGUGUGUGUGUGUGCGUGUGUAUGAGUGUGUGCCAAACAAACCCUUAUUCCAG